AAGGAACGCGGUGCGGGCCCACCCGUCAGCCACGUCGCCCGUCCCCUUCUCUUUCCCAUCAACCUCUCCCUCUCCUCUCCGAGCGGCUGCCAUGGCGGCCACGCUCCUCCGCCGCGCGCUCCACCUCCGCCGCGUCCUCCCCUCGCCCUCCACCGCCCCCUCGCCUGCCCUCUCCUCCGCCCACCGCCUCCUCUCCGCCUUCACCGCCACCACCGCGUCCCAGCAGAACGCGGCCACCCCCAUCGACCUCUCCUCCGACGAGAGCCGCCGCCGCCUCGUAAACAGGUUGGUGUACCGGAGCAAGCAGAGGGGGUUCCUGGAGCUGGACCUGGUGCUCGGAAGCUGGGUCGAGCAGCAUGUACACGCCAUGGAAGAGGCCAACAUCCGCGCACUCCUGCAAGUCCUCGACCUCAUAGAAGCUUUCAGGACCCUCACAUGUAGGGAAAACCCAGAUUUGUGGAAAUGGCUUACUGGUCAGGAGCAGCCACCAGAGGAUUUGAAUUCUAAUCCUGUGUUUGGUGCCAUCAAAUCGAAGAUCACAGAAAACCUGAACAAGCAUGCUUCUCCCGAAACCCGAUCAACACCAGGUCAGCCAUGGGUGAGAGGAUGGGAUGACAUAAAGAGAGGCAAAGAUGGACCAAAGUACGGAAAUCAGUGAAGAGCUGCAUGAAACAGGGAUGACAAUUUUAUGUCCUAAAUGCACUCAUGUCCCUUUCCCCCUUAUUCUUAUAUGGUGGUUGUGUAGAAUAAAUCAAACUGUGGCUGGCAUGUCCGAUACGUGUGGACUUUUGUUGGAGUGAUAGAGCAUAUUUUUCGUACUCUUAGUGACAACCAAUGGAUCUCUUCGUUCUGUUCGUGGCAGUUCCAGGUUAGGGUCUUAACCUCAGUUUACUGUGGCAAAUGUGUUAUGUAUUGUUCGUUUGUUAAUGGUGGCAUAAUUAUUGAAAAUGUGGAGAAUGAACGCCAUUUUCAGAAA